AUGUAUGAUUUUCGUUCAGAAGCUUGUAGACGAAAAAUAUUCGACAAAGCCAGCUGGUUUUUGGAAAGAAAGUUGAGGAAGGGGACAGUGAAGGGAACAGCGUCAAAGAGGAAGGAGACGUCAACAAAGGGAAGGGGACAGCGGCAAAGGGAAGGGGAGAGCAGCAAUGAGAUGGGGACUGCAGCGGCGCCGCAACGUCUCCACUCGCUUACUUACACGUUUAUGUAUAUCUCAAAACGCUCGUUUGAGUGUGGUAGUGCUCUUGCCUCCGUGCUGGAGGUUCAGGUUUCGGAUCCGCGAACCUUUCAGUGUAUUGGUGUUGCAUUGCUUCCAGUUUUCAUGCUACAGCUUCUGGUUUACAUUCCGUAA